GUUUCUCCUCUGUUCGGUUGUUGUAAGUGGAGUCUACAGUCACAGCGGUUCACAGUGUGGGCUUUACCUGUCAGCAGACGCAGCGGCGUUUACAGCCACAUUUCGUGGAUUAUUUCUCGUUUUCUUCCAGAAAACUCGUUAAAGGUUGUUUUAACGGCGCAGUCAUGGCUACGACCGGGGCGACGUAGAGAGGAGAGGGGGGUUUAAAUUUCUCUUCUCGUCCCGUCUGUUGACUUGAAGGCAACGGUGCAGCAGAGCAGAACCGAGCGACCUGAGUUUCUAUGUGUGUUUGGCUGAUAUUUUAAAAGUUGUUAUUCGCAUUUUUCCCAGCAGCGGUAUAAACAUUUCUCCCGGGUUAGUUUUUUUGUUUUUCGGUUUACUCUUUGGAGCUUCAGAGUUUUGCCCAGGAGAGCUGGCGAACUGAGAGCGGCUCACUGAGUCGGGACUGACCGCUGGAGUUGGUCCUGAAAAUGGAGGCUGUGAUCGAGAAGGAAUGCAGCGCGCUCGGAGGACUCUUCCAAACUGUGAUCGCAGACAUGAAAAGCAGCUACCCUAUUUGGGAGGACUUUAUCACCAAGGCUGGCAAACUGCAGUCGCAGCUCAGAGCGACAGCAGUUGCUGUGGCUGCCUUCCUGGACGCCUUUCAGAAAGUGGCCGACCUUGCUACCAACUCACGAGGAGGAACCAGAGACAUUGGAUCAGCUUUGACCAGGAUGUGUAUGAGGCAUCGCAGCAUAGAGGCUAAACUCAAACAGUUUUCCAUAGGUUUCCUGGAUUGUCUGAUUAACCCUCUACAAGAACAGAUGGAGGAUUGGAAAAGAGGAGUUAGUACUUUGGACAAGGACCAUGCUAAAGAGUAUAAAAGAGCUCGGCAGGAAAUCAAGAAGAAAUCCUCAGACACACUGAAACUUCAGAAGAAGGCAAAGAAAGCUGAUAAUCUAGGUCGAGGUGAUUUCCAGCCCCAGUUGGACAGUGCCAUGCAGGAUGUCAGCGAUAAAUACAUCCUCCUGGAGGAGGCUGAGAAACAGGCCCUGAGGAAGGCUCUUAUAGAGGAGAGACAGAGAUUCUGCUGUUUUGUAGCUAUGCUGCGGCCUGUAGUGGAUGAGGAGAUUUCUAUGCUGGGAGAAGUCACCCAUCUCCAGGCUAUCUCUGAUGACCUCAAAUCCCUGACCUCUGACCCGCACAAGCUGCCCCCUGCUAGUGAACAGGUGAUCUUGGACCUGAAGGGCUCAGACUAUGGCUGGUCCUAUCAAACGCCACCUUCAUCUCCCAGCACCACUAUGUCCAGAAAGUCGAGCAUGUGCAGUAGUCUGAACAGCGUUAACAGUAGUGACUCCAGGGGAUCCAGUGGCUCCCACUCUCAUUCUCCUUCCUCCUCUUCUUCCUCCUCUUCCUCAAACCACCUUUUCCACCACCAUCACCCCCGCCAUCGGUACCGUAGCUCCACGCUACCACAGCCGGCACCAGGUCGGCUCUCCAGCAUCUCCUCCCACGACUCUGGAUUCAUUUCUUCAUCGCAAGACCAGUACUUGACGUCGAAGUCAUACUCGCCUAUGCCAGCUGAAACAAAGCCUUGUCCCAGUUCCAGCUCCUCUGAGGUAUCAGAGACUGGGCAGCUUCACAGUGACUGCAGCGCCCCCUCCUCUCUGGCAGCUGCCACUGCGCCUCAGCACACUGACGAGCUGUCCAAUGGCUUUGACCACUACAGUCCAGCCAGUUCCCCCUACCUGCAAAGCAAUGGGGGGAGUUUGGGUUCAGUGUCAGCCACUGCCUUCCCCUUCUUCCCUCCGUCCUCCUCAUCCUCCACCUCCUCCUCCUGUCCCACUCGUUCAUGGUCACGUCCCGCCUCAGCCUUGCUUCCAGACUACUCUAACUACUGCACACUGGGCUCCCCAUUGAUGCCUUCAUCUCAAGUCCCAAGCUGGAAGGACUGGGCGAAGCCAGGGCCUUAUGACCAACCCAUGGUCAACACACUAAGAAGGAAGAAAGACAAAGAGACUCCUGCUGUAAUAUGCAGUGAUGGUAAUAUGAACAGUGAUGGUAACCAAACCUCUGGCCCGUCCUCGGUUUCUAGCUCGGCACCAGCUCGGGCGGCGCUACAAACGCCAACCUCAGUGGAAGACAAGAGGAGGACCGUGGCUGCACCACUCAAGGCUGGUGAUAUUGCGGCUCAUGAGGAACUGACUCUGGCCUUGUCCAGAGGUCUGGAACUGGACACCCAGAGGUCCAGUAGAGACUCUAUCCAGUGCUCGAGUGGCUACAGCACUCAGACCAACACACCCUGCUGCUCUGAAGACACCAUACCUUCACAGGUAUCAGAUUAUGACUAUUUCUCGAUGGCUGGAGAUCAGGAGCCCGAUCCGCAGCAGCAGCAGCCUGACUUUGACAAGUCCUCUACCAUACCCAGAAACAGCGACAUCAGUCAGUCUUACCGACGCAUGUUCCAGACCAAACGCCCAGCCUCCACAGCUGGACUGCCCAGCCCUCCGGCUCCUUAUUCUGGACAGGGGGUCUAUUCUGGACAUGGGGUUUAUCCUGGGGGGCCUUAUCCCCCAACACCUAUCCACACAGGAACUUAUCCAUCAACCCCUUCUGGGUCUUAUCCUACCACCCCAACAGGUUCAGGUCAGGGAUUUUUUUCUGGGUCCAGCUCCUAUAAUGCCUCUGGCUCCUAUUCUACAAGCCAUGGUCCAGUUAUUGUCACACCGGGGGUUGCCACAAUCCGCCGCACCCCUUCAAAACCCUCCUCUCGCCGUUCUGCCUCUAUGUCAGGUACAGGCCCCAUUCCUAUUCGCACACCUGUCAUCCCGGUACAAAUCCCGACAGUGCCUGAUAUGGCAGGAGCAAUGAAUGGGAGCAGGAAUGCAGUAGAGAUACGAGGAAGAGGAGGAGAGAGCCCAGAUUCUCCAACAUAUACCGGAGGGGAAGAUGCUAACACUUUGCCUCUAAUGUCCUGGAGUGGUCAGGCGACAACCAACCCUCCCACCAUCCCACUGCCCAACCAGCUGAACCAGCAGCUCCUACAGAGUGAGAGUAGGCCUUCAGGAGGAGGAGGGGAGGAGGCAGGAGAAGGGGGAGAUGGAAACAUGCUGGUGGCUAUUCGCAAGGGGGUCAAGCUCAAGAGAACCCUCACCAAUGAUCGCUCUGCUCCACGCAUUGCAUGACGACAACGUCGCGACUUUGAGGUGAGGGUCACAAGAGAAGUGUGAUCCUGACUCGUAGACGUGCAGCUUCAGCUUUAUUUUAUUUGUACAAGAGUACGAAUAUUCCUUACAAAAGUGUUGCUGAUAGAAACACAAUGCACAGAAUCAAAAGCCUUUUAAUUUCCCAUUUUGUAAAUUUCCAGCUGUGAGACUCUCUCACUACAGAAGCCAUGAGAGGAAAAAUUGUAAUGUAAUGUGCAAAUGUUCUAAUGUGGCUUGAGAUCCCUCAGAAAUCAUUUAGAGCCAGCUUAAAGGUAGGUAAAUAUUUGGAUGUGAAGUGGAACACUAAGGCACGCGUUAGGAUUGAAUGGGCCUGUGUAAGAACAAGGAAAAGAUCUAAUUUCGUGCCUAGACGCACAAAUAAUAGGCUUUUGGACUGAGCAAUUACAUAAAAAUCCGAGCCCAUUGCUGUGUAAAACAAAAGGACGCUUUUGUUCAUGAGAAGAAGUGCAGAGCAGCAUUACUUCACUGAAUGCCUUCAAGAACACAGGAAUCCAGACACAGAUUGUUGGACAAGGACAAUGUGGAUGUUUCCUGUCCAUGUAAAAAAAACAAACCCUCUUUGUAUCGCCGAGGGGUAAACGACAGAGUGGCUUCGCUGAAUGAACACGUCACCCGCUGUAAAUUCGACGCGGAUUCAAGAGAGCGAUAUUCAGGUGCUCUACAAAGUAAUGGCUCCAUUUGACAACUGCUGAUUUGCAUCGGCUGCGUACUUGGGAGAGCGACGCGGCGUUAUCAAAAUACUUCAAACACUAAAUUACAUGCAAGGGCCACAGAGCCAACGGCAGGAGCAGAGCAGGAGUAUGAACAAUACAGAGAGCUCUCCUCACAACGCUAAAUGCAGAUGACAGACUUGGGAGACGACAGUGUGACGGAAGCGUCACACGGUUGAUUAGUUACUUUCUGUUUUGUUAAAGUUUUGUAAAUAUUUUGCAAGUUGUGUGUCGGUGCUUUUUUUUCUUUCUCCGCUCUCUGCAUCUUUGCCACCUGCACCACUGUGCCAAAACCCCUCUGUUUUACAUCUUUAAACAGCGUGUUUAUAGAUCUUUUUAUUUUGUAUCAUUUACUUCACUAUGGCUCUCAUUUAAUCUGCAGUAUCUACACGCUGAGGAACUCACUGCGUUCUACACGUAUAUAUUAGACCUUAUAUAUUAGAUCCUUCUUUUUGUUGCAUUUAUUAGCCCCAUUGCAACCUGUGCAUUGUUUCCUCAUAACACUAAUAGUCAAAGUAAUGAUG